ACAGACAGAGGAACUGAGCUGUGUGAAUGGACGAGGGACGUAGAGGGAGAAGGGCUUCUGUUCCCUAACUAAAUCCGGAAAAAACAAGCCAGUCGGAUUAGCUCCCUGUUCGUGCUAACAUGGCCCUGCCCUCUGUGAUGGUGUUGCCCCUGCUGAUUGUCGUGGCAGCGGGGUUAUACUACAUCUACAAUGAAGUCAUGCAGUUCAUGUCCAAGUCCUUAGUGCGGAACAAAGUAAUGGUGAUCACUGAUGCUGUGUCUGGGGUGGGAACAGAGUGUGCCCAUCUCUUCCAUAAAGGCGGUGCCAGGCUUAUCCUGUGUGGGACUAGCUGGGAUAAACUGGAGUCUCUGUAUAACUAUCUGACUGAUGAUGCUGACCCCAGAGAGACAUUUGCCCCAAAGCUGGUGAUACUGGACUUCAGCGAUAUGGGUAUGGAGGACGUGGUGGCUGAGGUGUUGGAGUGUUACGGCUGUGUGGAUGUGUUGAUCUGCAACAGUAGCAUGAAGCUGAAGUCCCCGGUGCAAAGUGUCUCCCUAGAACUGGACAGAAACGUCAUGGACAUUAACUACUUCGGCCCCAGCACUCUGGCCAAAGGUGUUCUUCCAACAAUGAUCUCAAGAAGAUCGGGGCAUAUUGUGCUGAUUAAUAGCAUCCAGGGAAGACUGGCUGUCCCAUUCAGAAGUUCAUAUGCUGCAUCAAAGCAUGCGGUGCAGGCCUUCUUCGACUGCCUCCGGGCUGAAGUGGAGGAGUAUGGGAUAGUCGUCAGCACCAUCAGUCAUACUUUUAUCAAUGCCUCCGACUCACCGCUAGCGGAGGGGCCCGCCCCUAAACCAAACAUCCUGGCUGCAUUUAUCACCAGCCAGUUGAUCCAUGGUGUAAGCCCGUCAGUCCUUGCCAAUGAGAUUAUGCAAACGGUGAACAGGAAGAGGAAGGAGGUUAUGCUGGCCCACCCCAUCCCCAGGGUGGCCCUCUACCUCCGCUUCCUCCUCCCCUCAUUCCUCUUUGCUGUGCUGGCUGCUGAAGUGAAGGACUCGGUCCUGGAUGAGUAGAUGCGGUCGGAGAAAAUCUGAAAAGAGAUGUGAAGUAAAGAUUGUUUGGAAAUGGUAGAUAUGUAAUAGUAUGUGCUUGGCACACAGCUGCAUCACCACUUGGCAAAGCAGGCAACUACCCCUAGGGGCCCCGGCCCCUUGCUUCAGGUUCAUCAUAUGGCAAUUACUUUGUGGUCGUUUAGUUUAGUUAUAAUCCUUCAGACUUUCAUAAAAUCAAACCCUGUUUUCAUAAUAUUUGUGAUCUUACAUGUUUAUAUACUGUGACGUUUCUAUAUAUUUUUUUAUUGUGAAUGGUGCAGUCUGACAUUUCCAUGUUUCAUUUAUGUAAGCUAAGCAGGCCAUAUGGAUUUGAAUCCUAUAAGUAACUAAAUAACUAUUUGUAAAAUGUACUCUCUUCACCAAUCUGAAUCUGAAUUAUUUUUCAAAAAGACAAUCUAAACUUCCAUUUGAAUGUAUAGAUCCAGUAUUCUAUGUUUAAUAUGUGUUUAACACACACUCAGGUAAAGCUGUAGCUGAUUUCAAUUGGGAAUGUCUUUCUCUGUAUGUCCUCUAGGUGGCAGCCACAUAUUGUCAUUGAUACUGUCUGACUCAUGACGCUGAAGAGACCUUCUCUCACAAUCAAUUGUUAAUGUGGGUUAAAGUGUCACCAUAUCUUCUGUUUUGAAAUAUCAAUUAACUCUCCUAAUUUGUCAACAAUAUCAUGUUGAAAAUAACUGAUGAAAAGACAUGAAAUGAUGAACUCCUGCUCGUUUAAUUGCUUGUGCAUUGCAAUGGAAGGAAAAAAUUAAAGCGUUCUAGAAAUUAAUUAUUUCUCUACAACAAAUGCUGUAUAUGAAAGACCUUCAGGCAGCUAUGACAUUCAAACAGAUGCAAUACUCCAUUUACAUAUCACUCAUAGAUUUAUUGCACUCAUCACUUCAGGGUUGCAGGACAAGAGCUGCUGCCUGGUAUUAUCCUGGAAGGAUUACAUUACAUUGGUGGGAUCAAUGUUGGUCCAUGUGCUCUGAGUAUUUGGUGAUUACUUCAUGAAUAACAUACCAUUUGGUUGAUUCAUGUGACACAUUAUGUCAGAACUCUGUGACAAAAGGACGCCGUAUAAAUGGGGUGUAAAUACAAAGGGGCCGAUCCCUUUGUACAUUGUGUGUGUGUGUGUGUGUGUGUGUGUGUGUGUGUGGUGGUGGGGGGCAUCAUCGUGAAGUCCAGCUGGUAUACGUGAAUCUGUCCUCCAGGUCACUGUCCUCUGGGGAAUUCAACAUCCUUUGUCUCCGGGACUGGCGGACAGCAAUGUCUCUGCAAUGUUCACAUUAAUAAAUGUAGCUUUAAGACAUUUCCACCUG